AUGAUAAAACCUCAAGACAGAUUCUUUUCCGAGGGCCAGGGUUACUUCGGCCCGAGAGAAAACCCCAUCACUGAAACUCACUGCAACGUCUGGGAUUGGGAUCGACUGCGGAUGGUUAAAGUGAAAGGCACCGCCAAGCUGUUCCCACCAGACGAGGACGUUGAGGUCCCAAUUUUGGCGCAAUUCGCUGAUUACCUGUCGCCGAAAGUUCGCGCAAUCACAGUCGACAACGAUGGGCUCCUUGCUGGAGUCUCGACCGAUCCGGAAGAGGAUGAUACUCUAUUUGUUGCAUAUCUUCCCUUCUCGAUUCUUGAAUCGCUCGCCGACUGCCGUACAAUCCAGCACUCCAAACUUCAGGAGCUCGAUCGGCUUGGACCUGGUGUUGAUCUCUCAUCAUACGAAGACGAAUUCGGAAUUCCUCACAAGGUUGCCUUCAAAUUCAACCCUUUGGAAAAACCUCUGAGACUACAGAUGGCCUGGGAUGAACUCAACCUUCUCAAAAGUCUGCCGCCACAUCCCAAUAUAGUACCGUUUGAUCGCGUUGUUCUCGAAGAUGUGGAGUCUCGGGUGAUUGGAUUCACAACGAAGUACAUCUCAGGUGAAACUCUCGCAAAUCCAAAGGUGCCUUUCCGAUUUGAGUGGAUGCAACAGCUUACCAGACUUGUGGAUUUCCUAAAUCUGGAACUGGGAGUCAUGCAUCAAGAUAUUGCGCCCCGAAACCUGCUUAUCGAUCCCGACACGCACAAGAUCCUUCUCUUUGACUUUGAUUGGGCUGCAAGCGGAAAGAAACGCUUGCUGGAUGGUCGAGAUGAUGUAACUGGUGUUGUAUUCACACUAUACGAGCUCAUCACGAACGAUACACAUUUCACGAGUAUUCCUCACUGGGAUCGAAACAUGGACAUGGUGCAGAAUAUCUCGGAGUGGACUUGCAAUCGCGAGCUGGACUCUGAUGUCUCGACGUUCCGGUGCUUUUUGAAUGAAUGGGUAGCCAUGCGAAAAUCAGACGGAGACAUGGAACGAUAUCUCAAUGCACCCAACCGGCUUACAUGGCCGGACCUACCAACCGCGCCCGACUACGAUGUACCUUUCGAACUGGGCAAAACUUCGGAUGGAGAGCCAAUUUGGACAACGGGCCCGCGGUUCAGACGCACUGCGAUGGAGAAAGGGCAAUAUUGUUUUCGCUGGGAGAGGCCAACACAGAGCAAGGCCAAAAAUGACACGUACUAG